GGAAGUUGGAAUAACACAAGUAAGUCUCUCCCCACUACAUUCUACAAUCGUAUAAAUUUCUCGAUUACAAGGAAAUUGCCAUCUUCCUCUGCAGAUUAAAGAUUACAAAUUAAGAGGUUUAUAUUCAUCCACUCCAGUUUUUUUCCUAUCUAAAAAGUUCAGUUUUCGUAUUUUCUGCUCAAUUCCAGUUACUUUUCGAGGAAACAAAUUCAACAAUUUCUUCCACGAUUCCGUUGUUCAUAAUUGUGAUCGCUAAUAUCGAGGCAAGGCGUUCAAAUAUCAGAAAUUUUUAUUGAUUUGCGUCAUGAAGAAUUCCAAGAUUACUAGAAUAGGAAUUUAGAUAAAAAUUCCAUUGUACUUGUUCUGUAAUUUUUAAUACUUUGAUAAAAAUUUCAUUCUUUAUAGUUGUUAUGUGCUUUUUAAUAAUUUGAUUUGUAAUAAAGAUUUUGUAUUUGUUUCAGUUAUAAAUCAUGGCAGUGUAUUAUAAAUUUAAAAGUAGCAAAGUUCAUGACUCAAUUUCUAUUGACGGUUUAUUCAUAUCGGUUAACGAUUUGAAACAAAGAAUUAUUAAAUCAAAGAGCAUGGAAAGGGGUACUCCUUGUGAACUCAUCGUUACUAAUGCUCAAACCAAUGAAGAGUAUCUUGAUGAAGCAAGGUUGAUUCCAAGACAUACUUCUGUUCUUAUACGCCGAGUUCCUCGAGUACAGCCUAUCUCUAUUGUCAUUCAACCAAACAAGCCGAAGGUGGAGACUCAGGUUCAGGAUGAUCAGCCUGCGUUUGAAGCUUCAGAAUUGGAUGAUGAAUUUGGAAGUAGUAUAUAUGCAACAACCCCUUGUAGAACACCAGGACAAUCCAGCAGUACAUUACAGGAUUCGGUUCCUCCAACCAAAGCUGAUGAGGACAGCAAGAUCAAGGCCUUAGUUGAAAAUUCUGGUUUCGACUGGCAGAAUCAUCGUGCUGAUGGUUUUGGCAGAGAAAGGGGUUUUGGAAGAGGCGGACAGAGUGGCCGAGGUGUUGGUCAAGCUGGUUUUGGAUGGAAAACACCUCCACAAGGCUAUGUUUGUCAUAGGUGUAAGGUUCCUGGUCAUUAUAUUCAGCACUGCCCAACAAAUGGCGAUCCCAAUUAUGACGUUAAGAAAUUGAGACCUCCAACUGGUAUUCCAAAGUCGAUGCUUGUACCUAAGGUGGACGGCUCCUAUGCAUUGCCUAGUGGCACUUCUGCUGUUUUGAAGCUGAAUGAGACUGCCUUUGAUAAAGCAAUGGAAGGCCUCCCUUCUACUCGUUCUCUUAGACAUAUUCCACCAGAACUCCAUUGUCCGCUGUGCAAAGAAGUGAUGAAAGACGCUGUCUUUUCCAGCAAGUGCUGUUUUGAUAGUUUCUGUGACAAAUGUAUAAGGGAUUAUAUAAUUUCAAAAUCUAUGUGUGUCUGUGAGGCAAGAGAUAUACUUGCAGAUUAUCUUGUGCCAAAUAAGACACUCCGGGAUACAAUUGACCGCAUGUUAGAGUCAGGUGACAGCAGUGUAGAUAAUACAGGAGGAGCUCUCCAAGUUCAAGAUAUGGAAUCUGCACGGUGUCCUCAACCUAGGGUACCAUCACCUAUUCACUCUGCUGCGUCAAAAGGCGAAGAGAUGCUACUUCUAGAUGCCAAAGAAACUACAAAUGUAAAGGAGAAUGUGGAUGGUAGUAAACCUAGAGAUGCUCUACAGCAGCAGGUACAACCACAGACCUCAGGGGAAGGGAAGAUUACUAAAGUUGAAGAUGUAUCUGAAGUUACACAUGACACUGUGAAGGAACCUGCAUCACAUGAUAAUGCUCUUCCUGUUGAGGAGGAAGUUCAACAAAAAAUGGCUGCUUUUGAGGCAGCUGCAGACGCGCAAUGGAUGAAUAUGCAGCCUGGGAUGGAUGGAUAUAUGAGCCCAUCUGCAUUCCAAUCUUGCUGGCCAGGUGUACAACCUACAGUAGAUGCAUUCAUGGGUCCUUUUGAUGGUAGCAUACCUCACAACAUGGGUAUGCCUAUGAAUAUGGCUUUUGGCAACUUUAUGGCUCCAGAUCCUUUUGGUGCACAAUGGUUCAUGAUGCCCCAGAUGCUCCCUCUUCCACCGAGGGAUCUUACAGAAGAGUUUGGUGUGAACAUGAGUGUCAGGCCACUAUUGUUGAGUAAAGAAGAGCCCGAGUCUAGGAAGGCUGAAGUAAGAAGAAAACGAAAGAUGCCUAGACGGAUGGAGAGCAGGGACCCUUCUAAAGAUCGAGAAUGUAGCAGAGAAGCAAGAAGCAAUGCUAAUGUCUUGCCUAUGAUAUCAGAAUAUGUAUGUUGUUUUGUAGUCCAAAUAUAUGUUCUCCAUAAUUUGGACCUUUUGUAUUGUGGGAGUUGUUUCUUUUGUUUGAAUCUUGCUAUCUGGCAAGUGAAAAUUUCAUUCUAUUUGUUGACGAAUGUGAUCUUAGCGAGUAUUUUUGGCCGAUUUCUGUCCCAUACUUCAUAUAUAGAGACUAGAGAGUUCUGGGGGAAUACUCCCUUUGUUUGCUGUCGUAAUCCUUUUUGCACCAUUUUUUCAUGAUCAGACCCUAGCUUUAUUGCGAGCCAAAACCUUGAAGGAUUCCCCUUCUUUUUUUUUUUUUUUGAAAGUCAUUUUUUCAUGGUUUCUAUUAUACCUUUCGAAAGAUGUCUGCUAUCAUCUUAUGAUUUGGGUGGCUAUUUACUUCUUGUUGGCUGAAGCCAUAAGCCCAAUCU